UGCAAAUCACCGUUAGGAUGCCGCGUGCUUUUGGAAUUACUUAUAGUCGACAAUUUUAACAAGCUCCGGAUAAUAUAUUUUUUAAGCUAUUGUUUGAUUAAAUAAAACGCGCCAAAAUGUAUACAGCUGUUAAGCCGCUUUCCAAGUAUCUACAGUUCAAGUCGGUACACAUAUACGAUGCCAUUUUCACGCUGCACUCGAAGUGCACAGUGGCUUUGCUUUUGGCCUGCACUUUUCUGCUUUCCUCGAAGCAAUAUUUCGGAGAUCCUAUUCAGUGUGUCAAGCAGAAGGAUGUGGACAUUUCCAUGGACUACAUUCACGCCUAUUGCUGGAUCUACGGGGCCUAUAUGCAGGACAAUGUCACCUUGGCGCCUUCUCGGCGCGUAAACGCCUUGUUGCAGUGCCGGCCAGAUGUUGUGGGUCGCGAGGUGCCACCAGAAAAUCGCCGCUAUAUUCGCUAUUACCAAUGGGUGGUGCUGGUUUUGCUCCUCGAAUCUUUUGUGUUCUAUUUGCCCGCCUUUCUCUGGAAGCUUUGGGAGGGCGGUCGGCUGAAGCAUCUAUGCGACGAUUUCCAUAAAAUAGCUGUUUGCAAGGAUAAGAGUAGGAGCCAUCUUCGCAUCCUGGUAAACUAUUUCACCAGCGACUACAAGGAGACCCACUUCCGCUAUUUCGUCAUCUACGUCUUCUGCGAGAUACUUAAUAUAAGCAUCAGCCUGGUAAACAUCCUUCUGUUGGAUGUAUUUUUCGGUGGCUUCUGGGCCCGCUACUAUGAUGCAUUACUGGCCCUCUAUGAUGGCGACUUUGAGCAGUGGAACAGCAUCACCAUGCAGGUCUUCCCCAAGUGUUCGAAGUGCGAAGUGUUUAUUGGCGGCGCUGGAGGUUCGGACAGCAAGUACGACUUCCUCUGUCUUCUUCCCCUAAAUAUGUUGAACGAAAAGAUAUUUGCCUUUCUGUGGAUGUGGUUCAUUUUCGUAACUGGACUGGUUUCCCUAAAGUUUCUAUACCGCUUGGUAACCGUUUUUUAUCCCGGAAUGCGGUUCCAAUUGAUGCGGGCUAGGACCCGCUUUAUGCCCAAGUCUCACUUGCAGUUGGCUUUGCGUAACUGCAGUUUUGGAGAUUGGUUUGUGCUGAUGCGCGUGGGCAACAACAUCAGCCCUGAGAUGUUCCGCAAAUUGUUGGAGGAGCUGUACGAGGCACAGAGUUUGACCAAGAGAGUCCCGCCAGGAGCGGAUGAAAUUUAAAAUCUCAACAUUGACACUUCAUUUAAUCUCAAGAUGCUGAAGUAAGUUUUUCUUUUCGAAAUCAUAUAUCUAGUAGAAUGCUAAGAUGACAUUCAUAUUCUUAUUACAUCUUAUCGAUAUGUACAUAUUAUCGAACAAAUUGUUAACUAAUAAAACCAUAAACAUAAGUGAA